AGGAACAUGGCCGACGUGGUGAGCCAGGACACGCGUGGUACAACGUAUGCAGAUAUUACAGGACUUCAGCCUUGGGUGAUAGAACAAUUAAACCAACUCAAGAUCCAUCAGCCAACCCCCAUUCAGUAUCACUGCAUCCAGCCAGCACUUGAAGGUAGAGAUGUGAUUGGAGCAGCAAAGACUGGCUCUGGGAAGACUCUUGCCUUUGUUAUCCCCAUCUUACAGCAGCUAUCAAUUGAUCCAUAUGGCAUAUAUGCUCUAGUCCUGACCCCUACUCGGGAACUUGCUUUCCAGAUAGCUGAUCAGUUCCGGGGUCUUGGAUCUCCAGUAUCAUUGCGACUCACUGUGAUUAUAGGGGGCCUGGACAGAGUGGCACAGGGAGCCGAGUUGAAUCGGUCUCCCCAUGUGGUUGUGGCCACACCUGGACGCCUAGCUGAUAUUUUGGAGACAUCACCAGAGUUUACACUUAAGAGGAUAAAAUUCCUGGUUUUAGACGAAGCUGACCGUCUCAUGGAUGGCAGGUUUGACACCCAGUUGCGCACUAUCUGGGCGGCUCUACCAGAGAAGAGGCAGACACUGCUUUUCUCUGCAACCGUCACAGACAGACUACAGCGCAUGAAACAACUGGCAACAUCUGAGGUAUUUCUCUGGCAAUCAACAAAUAAACAGGCCACUGUUCAACAACUGGAUGAGCGCUAUGCACUAGUCAAUCCCAUAGUAAAAGAUGCCACCAUGAUUGCUACAGUACUUCAACACACAGAAGAGAAACCAAGGGGACUCAUUUUAAUUUUCACCAAUACAUGCAAAAGUACACAGGUACUGAGCAUGUUGCUGAACUCUUUAGGCAUAGAGUGUGUAGCUUUGCAUUCCAUGAUGCCCCAGAAAGAGCGACUCUCUGCCUUGGCACGAUUCAAGUCAUCUCAGGUGAAAGUCCUCAUUGCUACUGAUGUUGCUAGUCGAGGGCUAGACAUUCCUCUGGUGGAAUUAGUAAUCAAUCACACCAUCCCAAACCUUCCCAAGAAUUAUAUCCAUCGAGUUGGUCGGACAGCUCGUGCUGGCAGAGCUGGUCAGGCUGUCUCCUUCAUCACUCCUCAUGAAAUCAAAAUUUUAUUGGCUAUUGAGGCAGAGACCAGACAAAAAAUGACCGAGUUAAAAAUGGAUGAAGCUGUAGUAAGGAAGAUCAUGAAGCAGGUCAAUGUAACCCGUCGAGAACAAGAAAUCAAACUCAAUCAGACAGAUUUUGAUGAGCGUCGGAACAUAAACAAGCGCAAACGGCUCAUUAUGGAGGGCAGAGAUCCUGAUGAAGAAGAGAAGAAGAAACAAAAACGUGUGAAGAAACUCAGAAAGGCGGAGAGAAAAGAACGCAUUCAGCUAAUUGAAGAGUUGGAAAAAAAGAAAAAAAAGAGACAAGCUGGUAAGGGGAGCCACAUCUCUGAAGGAGUAGCAGAUGAAAAGAUAAAGGAACCAAAAUCACCAAUUAAGUAAUGGCAGUAAAGUUGUAAAUAGUAUUCUUAAAUUUUAUAGAAGUACAGUUAUUUGUUGAGGACUUACUCAUAGUAAAGAAAAUAUUAUUUUUUAAAUAAAUAUAUAAAAUUAA